AAAGCGAAUAACCUACCUAGGUAGGUAUGUAUAUGUGCGUGUCUCUCCAGGCAUCCAUCAGUCUAGGUAUGUACAGUAGUUACUUGUUGCUCAUGUCACUUAUAGACUAUUACAGCGCAGUCCAGAUUUUGAUAUCUCUAGGUCUAACGUGUACUCAAAGCACGUGUUGAUCCCCGUCUCUAUAAAAGCCCCGCUCUCUGCCCACUCUAGCCUGACUACCUACAUAGGUACCUACAGUAGGUACAUACCUACUUGUAUGUCGAAUAUGAUUGAUUAAUGGUCGCCCCUCGACUUCGACAUGCAACAAUCCCACUCCUUCCUUUCCUUGAAUCUCUAUCUGCCUUACUACCUAGAAUUUCAUACUUCAUUCAUCACACCCCGUCUCAUCGUACUGAAACUACCACCUAGGUUCCUCCGUUCACACACUGUUGAGAUGAUGUGAUCCGCAAAAUGUGAUGUCCAAGCUCAACCAAACUAGCUGUCCCGUGUAAUAGCAGCGUUUGCUGGUCUGAACAUCAGUUCACCCACUUUGACAAUGCCGUGGAAACGGAGAAAGAUCGAGAAACCAAUAACUAUCCACCCUGGUGAACCUUUCCCAAACACCCUUCUCGUCGCCUUGCGUGACCUAGCGCUGCAUACGCAAAAUGGCAAAGAGGCUGCUAACGAACCAUCCCAAAAGCGCCGCCGGCUUGAUCCGGUCGAGCCCAUCCCGGUGCUGCGUGAACAGUUCACUGUAUCUCGACCGACCGGAAGUUCUUCUUCGCCCAUCCUAGGUCAGGUUUUUUGUAAUGAUGCCGGUCGUUAUUUCACAUUCCGCUUGCAUAAGCAGGAUCUGAUCUUACAGACUAAAGCGAUUGCCCCAUGUGAUACUUUUUAUUGCCACAUAUCCAUCGACCAAAACUUCUCCAAUACUGCUCUUGCAGCGUUAGAAGUCUUGGAUCUCAGUCGAGAGGAUAGCACCCAAGAGGGUGCUUUGACCGUGCUGACCACAAUCUCUCUCAACGAAGAUGAUGGCAUGCACCACUUACAUUUCACCUUGACCGUCAAUUUUAAUACUGCAACAUACACGCUUCGUAACGCUAGACAGAGGCAAAUAAGUAAGCACAUCCUAGAUGUGCUUAGGAUACCCGGACCAAGCCAGUCUGUCGUCGACCAAAGCACUGCAAUCUCACCCCGCUCAUUUUAUCAAGCUGCGUUCAUGCCUACUCGGGGAGAAUUUAACGACCUACAGAGUGUUGUGAUCCCUGAUUUGAAAGCAGAAUUAUAUCCAUUCCAGCGUCGAGCAGUGCAGUGGCUAUUGAUGAGGGAGGGCAUCAUGUACGAUGGCAUGGGCUCAGAUGGAGUGCUACAGCUUACGGAAUAUCCUCGACCGCCUAAAUCAACACUUCCAUUCUCGUUCCACUGUUGCAAUGAUGUUAAUGGGCAGCAAUACUAUGUGAGCGACCUGUAUCACCUUGCAACACGUGAUGUAGCUCCUUUCCAAGACGCUGAGAAUAACUUGCGCGGCGGCAUUCUCGCGGAAGAAAUGGGACUCGGUAAAACUGUCGAAAUUAUCUCAUUGAUUUUGGCACACGAACGCGAAUCACAUACCCCUGCCCAAAUAAACUCAGAGGGUGAUAUAGUACUACGUUCCACUGGUGCCACCUUAAUUGUCACGCCAGAAACCCUUCUUAAUCAGUGGAUUUCUGAAUUCAACAAACAUGCACCGAAUCUGCUCGUCAUGAAGUAUCCUGGCAUAAAAGUUUGGGCGAAGGACAAGACACUCAAUAUCGAACAACACGGGGAAAGCCUACUUACGCGGUGUAUCGACAAGCUUGUAAACUGUGAUGUUAUCAUUACCACUUAUAGUGUUCUCCAGGCUGAGCUUCACUUCGCCGUAGCCCCUCCAGCUCGCUCGAUGCGAUACGAGAAAAGGCAUGAGCGUCACACGUCCCCGUUAGUCCAGAUUGAUUGGUGGAGAAUUUGUCUUGAUGAAGCCCAGCAGAUUGACACUGGGGUGAGUAGUGCUGCCAAAGUAGCUUGCCUCCUUCCUCGGGUCAAUGCCUGGGCUGUCACGGGCACCCCGGUCAAAGAUGAUCCCAAUGAUCUUUGGGGUUUACUUUUAUUUCUUCGUUAUGAACCCUUCGCUUCUUACCAAAUCGUAUGGAAAGCAUUACUUCAUACCCAUAAAAGUCUUUUUGGCCCUUUAUUCAACAGAAUUGCUAUUCGACACAGUAAGUCAGCAGUUCGCGAUGAGCUAAGACUUCCAUCUCAAAAACGCCAUAUCGUCACCAUGCCUUUCACGGCAAUUGAAGAGCACCACUACCGAUCACAAUUUAAGGCACUUGUCGCGAAAGCUGGUCUCAGCGAGCAAGGAACCCCCCUAGAUACAGACUGGGACCCAGAUGACCCAUUUGUUGUAGAAUUCAUGAAGAAGGCACUUGCGUGUUUAAGGCAAACAAUAUUACAUCCCGAGCUCGGAUCAGGAGCUGCCGCUAAAGUGUCGGUUUAUAAGACAUUAGCAGAGCACCUAGAGACCAUGAUAGAGCACUCGGAAGCCAGUAUCAAGUCUCAUCAACGAAGUUAUCUAAUUGCCAAACUCAGCAAAGGUCAACUUCUGGAGAACACUCCAAGAGUCACGGAGGCCUUGAAGAUUUGGGACGAAGUCCGAGAAGAAGUCGAACCCAUCGUCCUCGAAGCCCGCGAGGAGCUCCAAAGAGCGCUAGAAGCUGCUCGGCAAGAGCAAGACUCAACUGACGAUUCUGAAGAUGAAGAAGUACCAGAGACAGCGAAAGUCGGCGAUUCUCGGCGAAAGCUUCGCUUGUUUCUCGAUCUUCAACACCGAGUCACAUUUUUCAUUGCUAGUGCUUACUUCCAGAUCAAGUCAGAUGACAGCUUAACUCAGCCAGAAUCGGACGAAUUCAAACGUUUAGAGCAGUGUGAAACCGAGGGUUAUGAAUUAGCCCGGAAACUCCGGCGUGAGAUCCUUCAAGAACCGCUUGCGAAAGUCUCAAAGCUACUGGAGAAACUACGCGACCGUGCAAAUAAGCAGUCAUUUGUCGAAAUUCCCGAGAUAGUUGUAUCCGAUCUGCACGGUUUACAGAGUGGGCGGAUAGCAGAGGACUUGCAAAACCUUGGUGCAUCUCUCAACGAGCAGGCUGACGUUAUUGAUGUUUGGCGAGAAACUAUUAUUCAACUAUUGCUCAAACCUUUAGUUGAUGCGGAGGAUGAGGACGAAAUAACUGGUGAGGAAUAUGGGAAUUCUACCAUGGUACAAGAUCAUCUGAUGGUUUACACCCUUGGUUUGGGGGCCAUUCUCGGUGACCGCCAAGAAGCGCUCUCCGGCUUGAUAAACGAACGUAUCCGGUACGAAACCGCUACUGCCGAAGGGAUGGCUAAAGAUGGAGAAGGACAUGCACCCGAAAAGUUAUUGGAACUACUUCAGAUACGACAGGAGGCCAAACCACUGCCAGCUGGGCAGUCUUUCCGUGGUAUUAUUUCGGCGUUAAGAGAGCUUUCCACAACUCUACGUCACGAUGCGUCCAUGGGUAGCACUCGAGCUAGAGUAGAGCUCGAAAUUGUUACAAGACAACUCAGAACAACACAGGACAUACUCACCAAGCAGAACAAGGUCGCUAUAAAUCUUGAGAAAGACUUAGAAUUCUUUAUUUCUACCAUGAAUGCCCGUGUAGAUUACUAUCGUCAGCUACAAUCUGUAUCGGAUAACGUUGCCCCAUUAGCUCCAGAACUCAGCAGCAAUCAACUCAGGUCUUGGAAUAACUACGUUGCCCAGGAGGCAGAACUGAGGAAGAAGGCUAAUCAUUGGGUUUCCAAUCGCCGCCAUCUCAUACACAUGAGAGAUGAUGGCUCUAGUUCUAACGAGCCUUGCGCUAUCUGCCGCAUGGAUGACUACACUAUCGGGGCGAUCACAACGUGCGGACAUACAUUCUGCAAAGAAUGCAUUGUCCAGUGGCUAAGAUCUAAAUAUAAAUGUCCGCUUUGCAAGGAGUAUCAAAGUCCGUCCAUGCUAAGCGAGUUUACCAAGACUAAAGCGAACGCGAAAGUGCAUUUGGCCGACUCUAUCAGUCCGAGCUUACGAGGAGAUUACCAAACAGGAUCGGGGUUAUACUCAAACAUCUCUGAUCAUCAGAGACGUGCUAUACAAAAUGUCAAGCUCCAUGGCCCCUCGUACUCUAGCAAGGUCGACACUCUAAUCAAGCAUCUACUUUGGCUACGAGAAGAAGAUCCAGGAGCGAAAUCAAUCAUCUUCACACAGUUUCGAAGCUUUCUCACUAUCCUUGGACAGGCUCUAGAAGGACACCGUAUCGGUUUCGCAACUUUCAGCCGCGGGGGCAACAAGGCACUUGAAAUCCAGAGGUUCAAAGAUGACCCCAGUAUAGAGUGCUUGCUAAUGGAUGCCAAGGCUCAUUCCAGCGGCCUCAACCUGGUCAAUGCUAACCAUGUCUUUCUCUGCGAACCACUGCUGAACACGGCCUUGGAAUUCCAGGCAAUUGCUCGAGUGGACAGAAUCGGACAGGAGCACGAGACAACUGUCUGGCUUUAUAUCAUGGAAGGUACUGUGGAGGAGAACAUUCACAUCCUUUCUGAGCGGCGCCGUUUAGCGCACAUAGGCGGAGAGGGAGAAAAGGGUAAGUACAAAGAAACAGAGGCAAUCAGUGCACUGGAAUCAACUGAGUCUCACCUUGCCCGGUUGAUGAGUAAGGACGAUGACGGAGAAGUGAUUGAUAAGGGAGACCUUUGGAGUUGCCUGUUUGGUAGCGCAGCUCAGGCGUAAAGCGUUAGUAUGGUUUGGUAUGUGUUAGCUUAUGUUCAUAGUGGCCAUGGCUGAAUGAGG